ACCCAGGUAAGGCCAUGCAAGUUCCGUUUUGAACUGAGGAAGCUGAUGCCGCCAGCUCUCUUACAGAAGGUUGAAUGACGGAAAUCACUGGGCCAGGAACGCAGGUUUGUUGUCGCAAAGCAAACUUGCCGGCGGUACCCUCCGCUCGUCAUGUAGCGCUCUCAGCAUCUAUCCCUGCGCCUGAUGCGAAGGGCAAGACAGCUGGCCUUGCAGUGCUGGUGAGCCAGAUAGGUUAUUGCUACAGAAGAAGGCGGCGAAUAAGCGUAUUCCAGCAGGCAAAGCCUCCUCUCCCGCCAGGAGGAUCUGCUGCUAGGAAGAAGUUUGCGCAAAUCCCACUACCGCAGAUGCCCUCAGGGCCAGCUGAAGUAGUUGAAAUUGAUGCCGCCGAAGGAAUUGUGUUGCCGCCAUUUAAUCGAGUUCCCAAGACGGGUGGUGAAAACGGCGAUGUCAACGGACUGUCUGUGUCCCCGCCAUCACAAACCCUGCAGGAUGCGCCGGAGCGCCCUCCGUUGCCCCCAGUUCCCAAGACGGGUGGUGACAACGGCGGUGUCAACGGACUGUCUGUGUCCCCGCCAUCGCAAAGCCUGCAGGAUGCGCCGGAGCGCCCUCCGUUGCCCCCACUUCCCAAGACGGCUGGUGACAACGGCGGUGUCAACGAUGUGGCGCACAAGAUCUGUCCGACAGACAUGGGAUUGAUGCAAGCACUUUUGUAUCUUACGGUAUGGCCUGGGAGUUGCUUACUCUUCACACAUCGAUGGUCAGGAUGCGCCGGAGCUCCCUCCGUUGCCUCCACUUCCCAAGACGGCUGGUGACAACGGCGGUGUCAACGGACUGUCUGUGUCCCCGCCAUCACAAGCCCUGCAGG